UGAAUCAACGAGUCAGAUGGUAGUACUAGUUGUAAACAGACAGUUGUUACUGAGCUGUGGGUGAGAACGGGUCGUACUUGUGAUCUGAGUAUUUUACUGAAAAAUUCCAAAGGAUGGCCAUGUACCAUCGAAACAGUGACAAAAGGAAAACAAUCCAAGAAUGUAAAAGGCAGGAAGAGGAGGUUGUUGGCAGUUUGUGCAGGCUUGGAAACAUACCAUUGUCACCCAAAAUGCAACUUGAACAGGAGAAAAGAAUACGGCGAGAAAUAGCGAACAGCAACGAGCGACGUCGUAUGCAAAGUAUUAACGCUGGAUUUCAGUCUUUGAGGGCGUUGUUGCCCCAGAACGAGGGAGAAAAGCUGAGCAAGGCUGCCAUUCUACAGCACACAACAGAGUAUAUUUAUCAACUAGAGCAAGAAAAAACCAAACUCUUAUCUCAAAACUGCCAAUUGAAAAGACUCCUGAACUCCCAGCUGGUCCUAGACAAUGACUGUAGCAAUUCAGGCUCUCCUUUGCCCAAACGAAAAAAAAUUCAACAUUUAGCAACUGGAGACUCUUCUGAUGAAGGAAUAGGAAAUAUGAGUCCACAUGGAGAAUCUGAUAGCAGCUUGGAGGAUGUUAAAUCUGAAGUGACUGAGCUGCGCAUUCAGUUGGAGAGAGAGAGGAGACUUCGAAUGAUGUUAGAGGAACAGACUCACAGUCUAGAAAAUCAGAUGUGUGUUGACCACACUACAGAGCAAAUCAAAUACUAUAAACAGGCUUUUGAGCCACUAACAGGAAUGUCCAUUGGCCAAACAACCCCACAAGAGAAAUUAUUCAGUGCACAAGUUAGGCUGCUUCAGACAGAAUCUGUUAGCACUGAAGUUCCUCAGGAUUUAUCUGGGAAGAAACCUUGUCUUCACCAUACUGCUGAUUCUGUUGUUCAGAUGUCAAGAUCAGAAUCCAAAGAAUUGCAGAACAGCACAUCCAGACAGAACUUGGAGACAAUUGUUGAAGCUAUUCGCCAUGUAGAAGGUGAUCAUUUGUUUUGUGAUGAUCCUGAACCACCCAGGAUAAUCAAAACACAGCCAAUCUCAGAAUCCCAAUUUUCCAACACAUUUAUUGUGCGACAGCAUGUUAUUCACUGUCCUCCACCAGUUACAUUUCCUCGACCAGGAGUCAUUGUUUCCAAUCAUUCAUAGCAAUGCUCACAUUUUGUGAAUCAUUCUAGCAGAUUAUUUGUUCAUGAGCUACACCUAUAUCUCUCUAGGUGGUCUCAUAAAUCAAUCAUGCCACCAUCUUUUCCCUGUAUACUCUCACUGUUUUGGGACAGCAUUCUGGGCAUUCUCAUAUUGUAAUCAAAUCACUACAGUUUUAUUCCACAUAAUCCAUUUUGGGACAGCAUUUUGUGUGGUCUCGUGGUGUAAAGUAAUCACAUCAUCAUCAUUACACUCUGUAUACUCUACUCUGUCUUCGGACAGCAUUCUAGACUUUAUUCAUCAUUUUACCAAAAAAUGAUCUUUGUAAAAUAUUUUACAAAGUUAUGAAAAAGUCGUUAAAGAUUUAGCUGUUUCUGACAGUUUUUUGAAUAAAUAUUUAAGUAUACAUGAUAUACAUUUUUUUCUUUAAAAAAAUAGUAAAUGUUAAUUUUUGAUAGAUGAGACCCAAUGUUCUUGUUGCUGAUGAUCUUCAGUAGCACCCUUAUGUUUACAAUAUUUUCAUGGUUGAAUGAGGUGUCCAGUUUAUUAAGAAAAGAAAUUAAAAGAGCUGAGCACAAAAAUUUAUGUCUAAAGGAAAUUAAGUGUUUAUGCUAUUCAGAUUGUACAUAUAUUUGUAAUAUUCUUUAUUGUUAUUUUAAUAUAUACAUAUUGCUGUUUGUUUAUAACUGGGGUUAAAUAAGGCUUCUCACAUUGGAAUUUGAUGGCAUUUAUUAAAUUAUUGUUCCUAUUAUAUGUGCUUCCUUUAAAACAAGUGUAUAUUUAUAAGUUACAAAUUCCAAAACAUACUGUGUUUAUUAAGCUAUGGAGUGUAGUUAAGUUUUAAUACAUGAAAAUAGAAUUUUUUUUGUUUAAAAACAUCAUAAGUGGAAAAAUUACAAACUAUAUCUUACUAGUUUUUAUUGCAAAGUUGUUGUAAAGUGAAAAUAUGAACCUAAAGUGUUAGUAUUUUAUGCUGACCCAAAAUUGCAUGAAAUGUGAUAAAAAGAUCUUCACAUUUACAAAGUUAUGAAAAAGUCGUUAAAGAUUUAGCUGUUUCUGACAGUUUUUUGAAUAAAUAUUAAGUAUACAUGAUAUACAUUUUUUCUUUAAAAAAAUAGUAAAUGUUAAUUUUUGAUAGAUGAGGCUAAUUCUGAUGUUUGCAAAAAAUGAUAUUUAAACACAUGGUAUAAUUACUAAAAUGUUAUAAAAGAUUUGUAUUGUCUCUUGUUUAAUACCAAGAGAAUUCAACUUUCAAAUCCAGCUUGAAAUGUACAAGUUAGAAAUACAACUACUAACGAUAUUAAAAACUCACAGUUGACCUUAUAAUAAGAAAAGAUCAGAAACAAUAGCGACAAGUGUGAUAAAAUGUUGCACCAACAAUAAUCUUAUUGAUAGACUAAACAUUUAAAGUAACCAUUCAACAAACUGUUGCCUCACAAAUUCUUAUAAAAAUGUUAAUAAGCAUCAGCUCUAUGAAAGUUUGUGGAAGAAAUCUGGUUAUUGAUUUUAAACAGAGCUUGUAGAAAUGUGUUCCAUUAAAGUAUUGCUGCCAUCUGGUAAAAUCCUUAAUACGGGAAAUUUGCAUUACACUGUGAGACAUGAAAAAAUAACAUGUUCUGACCCAUAUUUCCAUAAUUAGACACACCAAAUGGCCUAUAAUUGUUUGUCUAACUGGUAAUAUCCCCAUAAAAGUUGUACAUUUUAGUUACACAAAUAGAUUAUACUGUACAUUUGUCAAACACUGUCUAUUGAAUGGACAUAAAAACAUGAGAAACUUCCUUUCUUUCUGUCUGCAAUCAAUAUAUUAGUUCAAUAAUUUCUCACAAUUAAUACAGUAAUCUGAUAAAACUGAAACUUGUAAGAUAUCAACUGCCAGAGAAGUUUUAAAGUGACAACUGUACAAGUUUUCCAAAGCUAUUGUCUAACCAGUUUCAAAGGCUUAAGUAGUAUUAUUCAUUUCUACAAGUAAACCAACUUUGUGAAAACCCCCUUUGGAAAAAUGAAAACAAAGGAGUGGGGGGAAAGCUGUGUCUCUUAUAUGCUACAUACAGUUUUCAUGCAUUUGGCUUUAAUACUUUUCUAGUUAUGUCCACAACUAACAACACUAGUUAUCAUGUGUCAUACAGGAAGUUUUUAUUCGUUUUAUAGUGGGAGUUACUCCACAAUAAACUAGUAGUAGUGACUAUAUAUCUCACAGGAAGUUUUUACUUGUUUCAUUAUGAGAGGUACUCCUUUAAUGGUUUUAUGUAACUUAAACAUGAAAGUGAUUUAACUUGUGAUAACACAAAUCAAAAAAUGUUUUACUCAGAUCUGUACAUUUCAAGAAUUUUUUUCAUAUAUGUAACUUCAAUGUUCAAUCAUACAUCAGCUAAGCUGUAUAUAGAUCAUGUUAAUAAAAUAUUU